GUCAGUGUCAAAACUCGAAAUUAAUGUCAAAAUUACGAUUUUUUUAACUUUUUAUAAAAGAUGACUGAAAAACAAGUAGGAUUUUUGUAUAAAGUAGCUACCAGAUUAGCAACUGUGCCAAAAGACGAUUCGCAAAUACAGCAUCUUAGAAGUUAUUAUCUGCUGAGGUGUUUUGAAAUAACAAAGGGUUAUGGAUUACCACAGCAGCAAUUCUCAGUCAAAAGUCGAUGUCCACAUUGUUGUUUAGAAUGGACAAGAAAUACUGAGACUAAAGUAAAAUCAUUACAUCUCAGUAAAAGACAACGAAAAAGAAUAAAGACAAAUAAAUCGAAGAAAGAUUUAUUGCAUAGCAAUAGGCUUGAACAAAUUUGUUCAUUUUGCAAACACACUACAAUUAGGACAGUUUUAAAACCAAAAUUUAAUGAUAAGGUACUCAAAAAAGUAGAAACAAGUACAAUAAAAAGCAAGAAAUCAAAUGUAAUAGAAAAAAAAGAAGACCAAAAGGCAAUAGAAAAAAGUCAAAUAUUAAAUGCAUAUGUAAAAUCUAAGGAUGUGUUUUCUCUAAGCAACAAACACAAUACAUUGGCUAACACAAUUAAGGAACAACCAAAAAUAAUCAAAAACAAUAAAAAGAAGAAAGAUAAAUUUGCAGGUUUAUGUAAAAAAGCAGUGCUGGCUUCUGCAAAAUUGAAAGUUGAAAAAGAAAAGCCCAGUAACAUUUCUUUAUUUCUUAAACCAUGUUCAUAGAAAUCUCUUCUUACUGCAUUACAAAUAAAUGUGGUAUAAAGUUAAACUAAGGAAUAAAAUGAGUAUAAGCAAAAUUUUUCCU